CUCGCUCAUCCGCAAAAUGAACCAGAAAGAAGAGGCGGCAGCAGCAGACCACCAAUACCCCCCUCUAUCUCCCAGUUUCUCUCUCUCAAAGAUUGAAGAGAGGAAAACCCAGUUUCACUGUUUGUUUGUGUGUGAGAGAGGGAGGAGGGGAAAUGGUGGAGAAGAGAUUCGCAGUUCUGCUGUGCGCAGAGGACUCAGAGUACGUGAAGAAGAAGUACGGAGGGUACUAUGGGGUGUUCGUGAAAAUGCUGGGGGAAGAAGGAGAGAAAUGGGACGUCUACAGAGUUGCACUUGGGCAGUUUCCCGAUGAUGAUGAGAUUGGCGGAUACAGUGGCUUUGUCAUCACCGGAAGUUGCAGCGAUGCUCACGCCGAUGAGCUCUGGAUCUGUAGGCUCAUCGACCUCUUGAAGAAACUCGACAUCAUGAAGAAGAAGGUUCUGGGUAUUUGCUUCGGGCACCAGAUACUGGGACGUGCGCUGGGAGGAAAGACGGGGAGGGCGGGAUCCGGGUGGGACAUUGGAUUCAGGACUGUUCAUUUAUCAUCAUCAUCAUCAUCCAACUUUUUCUCCACGCUAAAGCUUCCAGCGAGACUUUCCAUAAUCGAAUGCCACAGGGACGAAGUGAGGGAGCUUCCACCAAAAGCAGAGAUCAUAGGAUGGUCAGAGAAGACGGGGAUAGAGAUGUUCAAGUAUGGAGAUCAUAUGAUGGGCAUCCAAGGUCACCCUGAAUACACCACCGACAUUCUUCUCCACCUCAUCGACCGUCUCCUUCUCAAGGAUCUUAUCAUCGAAUCAUUCGCUAAGGAGGUGAGGGCUAAGGUGCAAGAAUGUGAGGCAGACAGGGAGGCUUGGAGGAGACUCUGCGUCGCCUUCUUGAAGGGUGGAUUGUGGUGAUUAGCAGCUAGUAUAUUACAAAUAAUCAUUAAGAUAUUCUUGUUGGGUACGUGGAAUAGGAGUCUGUGUGUGUAAUUGGAAUAUUAUUAGUGAGAUUGGAAUAUGAAGUACGCGAAUCGAUACC